UGACGCACUUUAGCGGUUUUUCGUUUAUCUGUAACAUUUCCGAAGUUUGCGAAAUUGACUAAAAAACCGAUGAAUCGGUUCAUUUGAAGUGGUAGUUCGAUGCUGCAAAUUCCAAACAAAGAUUCGAUUUCAAGCUUUUGCUUUACCAUAAAGUUUGCGAUAAUUUUAAUAUAGCUGCCAUUCAAUUUACGAAAAGUUAUUUGUCUUUUUUAAUAACCAGCAUAAUUGUUGCUCGAUUGACUUAGAAAGUAAAUGCAGCGUUUUUUCUCGUUUUUUUUUCAACAAUUAGAUAUAUUAACGAGACUUUUUUUUAAUGAACUGUAAAACUGCGCGAUUCUCUUAAAUACGAUUCAAGUGUUUCACUAAAAAAAAAUACGUACUCAAUUUGCGCGUUUAGAUUUUACAACGGUUUACCGACCGUCGAAUCGAUAAAAAAGUUAUCUGUGCGUGGCCGAUGAGUCGACGUGAGGAUAGGCCGACAAGCAGCCAUUUCUAAAACCUCGUCGGAAGAAAAUAGUAGUAAAGCUCUCUAGAGAAACAAUUUUCGCGUUUAAAAAGUUUGGCGCGCCAAGCAGUAGAUGUGUACCGCCUGUCGCUCGUCAGUCGCGUGUGAGUGUCAUCUACUGACCGGCUUUGACUUCUCUUUCAUUUUGUUAUUUUGUUUCUUACGUAGUGUCAUAUUGUUGUUAAACUGGUUGUCAUCGUUAUCACUUAUGUUUCACCAAUUCGUACUUAUUUCUUUUCUUUAUCGAGAUAUUCGUGUUUGCAGCUGUUGAAUCUCUUCGUUUAAUAUUAUGCUUGACUCAUAGUGACUAAAUUGAAAUGCAUAUUAAAUUUUCCAAGAUUUAUUUAUAUUAAAAUUCAUGGAAGUUGAGGAGAAUGAUUACAGAAAGUCUCCUCAAGAGGCACUGUAUAGAAUACCACAAGUGAUAUCUCACUUUGUUGAGCGAUUUUUUUACAUACUUGGACUUCAGAUUGCUAGACAGCCUAUACGAUGGAUGAUAGGUUGCUCAAUAGUUAUACUUCUGUGUCUUGGUGGUUUGCUAAAGUUCAGACAAGAAAAAAACCCCUUAAAACUAUGGGUCCCACCAGAUUCCGAUUUUGUAAGAGAUACAGAGUGGUUGACUUCAACUUUCAAGGAGGGACAAAAAAUAGAAAGCAUGAUUUUUGCUGCAGAUGAUAUUUUUGAACCUGAUGCUCUUUAUCGACUUAAUGAAAUUACUUUAAGAAUAUUUAAUGCACAAACUUACAAAGAACCCAUAGUGACUUGGACAGAUGUUUGUUUCAAGGUUCCUAUAAUAGCUGGUCUCAUAGAAUCUACAAAAAGAAAAAGAGAAAUGGACAAUGAUGAUUUUUUUGACGAAGAACCCACAGUGAUGAUUAAUAAAACAGGGUAUGACCCAGGGGUCCACUUGCCAACUGAUAUGUAUUGUCGUGUCAUAAAUAGCCUUCCUCAAGGCUGCUUGUUAUACAAUAUUCUGGACAUUUGGGAAUUUAAUUCUACACUUAUUAAAUCCCAAACUAAAGAACAAAUCAUAGAGAAAUUUAAUUCUGUACAUAUUAGCCCUACACUGGGGCAUCCAAUGAAUUUUAGUCAAUUAUUAGGAGGUGUUGUUACUGAUGAUAAAGGUAGAAUUGUAAGUGCAAAAGUUGUUAAAACACAAUGGAUGGUCCAUAUUAAUUUUACCGAGGCUAAUAUGGAUGAAAUGGGUAAUGAUGCUGGUACUGCAGAUUGGUCGACCAAGGAAGUGGUCGACUGGGAAGCGGUAUAUCUAGAAGAGCUCGAAAAGUCUUCUAGAGAUUUGGUAAGGUGGAAAGCCAGAACGAACAAAACCUAUUCGUUAUAUUUCGAAGCAGGACGGAGUUUCGGUGAUAUUACCCAAGCCAGUAUUUUCCACGACGUCGAGAAGCUCGUCGUUGGCAUUAUAAUAAUGUCAGUUUAUGUACAAGUCAUACUUUCAAGAUUCAAUUGGAUCGAAUGGCGAUUUUGGUUAACAAGCGUAGCUUUAUUUUGCAUAGGCGGUGCUUUCGCAGUAGCCAUAGGUUUGUGUUCUCUGUUUAACGUGCCCUACGGCCCAGUACACACCUCACUGCCAUUCAUGCUAAUGGGUCUGGGCGUGGACGAUACCUUUGUUAUGAUGGCAGCAUGGGAAGAGAUAUCGUCUCAUGAAAAAAAUCGCAACCGGCCGUUAGUCGAGCGAGUGGCAUUGGCAUUAAGUCAUGCAGGAGCCGCGAUAUCUGUCACGUCACUCACUGAUGUCGUUGCCUUUGUUAUUGGUGCCUCUACGAUUUUGCCGUCCCUGCACUCGUUUUGUAUAUACGCAGCGGUGGGUGUGUUUGUAACUUUUGUUCUGCAAGUGACGUUCUUCGUAGCCUUUUUCACGCUAGACUGCAGGCGCGUCGAAGAAAAGCGCAAUGGCGUUCUCCCAUGUAUUAAGCACGAGAAUUAUGUGCAUACCAUCACCGAUGCAGAGCAUAAUAUUUCCUGGAGGCUGAUCGAUAAGCUUUACACGAAUGUUGUAUUAACGCUACCUGGAAAAAUGGCUGUAAUUAUUAUUACGACGGCGUUCGCCACCUUCGGAGGCCUUGGUUCCUAUCAGUUAGAACAAUGGUUCGAUCCUAUUUGGUUUCUGCCUAGAGAAUCGUAUCUCAGCGAAUUUUUGAUUGUCAAGGAAAAGGAAUUUCCCAAAAUUGGCUUCGAGGCUACUGUGUUUAUGAGCAAAAUAGACUUUGUACCGGAGUUCCCGAAGAUUUUAAAUCUCAGCCGAACGUUAGAAAGAGCGUCGUUCACGGAGAGUGUGAAGAAUUGGCCUGUAGAUUUUAUACAAUUCGUAGAUGCAAAUUUUAAUAUCGAUGCGGAAAACAAAACCCUCAGCGAAACUGAUUUUCGCAUUUACCUCUCGAAAUUCUUGUACAGUCGUAUAGGUGGCAAGUACCAGCGAAAUUUCCGCUUUGAAAACAAUACUCUAACUUGCGGGAAAAUCGCACCUCCAAUCGUAAUGGCAAGCAUCGACUUUACAUUCAGUAAGUUUUAUUCUCCGUACGAGUGGAUACCAGGGAUGGACGGUGCGAAACAGAUGGUCGCCGAAGCGAAUUUUAAUGGAUUCGCCACAGUUUGGAGCGAAGUAUUUGCCACGUGGGUGACUGACAAGGUGAUCUCACAAGAAGUUCUCAGGAAUCUCAUACUCGCGCUUAUAUGCGUUAUGGGUAUGACUGCAUUUUUGAUUGCCGAGCCGCAGACGUGCUUGUGGAUUUUGCUCUGCGUAUUAUUGACGCUGUUAGACGUUUGUGGAUUCAUGUACUACUGGGGCCUCACAAUCGACAUUGUUUCUUGUAUAGGUUUAGAAUUAGCCGUGGGUUUGAGCGUAGAUUACGCAGCGCACGUAGCUCAUGGAUUUCUUAAUGCAGCGGACGUUCCUGGGACAAAUCGUCGGACCGACAGGAGCAUCCGCACACUCAAGGCCAUGCGACAUAUCGGGGCAGCCGUGCUGUUCGGCGCCGGUUCGACCUUGCUUGCUCUCUCCUUACUUUCGUUCUCACAGGCUUACGUCUUUCGUGCCUUUUUCAAAAUCUUUCUCCUCGUCAUUGUGUUCGGCUUGUGGCAUGGACUGCUGCUGCUACCUGUCGUACUUAGCACUAUUGGACCAAGAAGCCUUAGGACUAACUUUAGGAAUAAAAGUGUGCAAUCCAGGACUUCAGAUGGAACACAAGAAACGGAUACGGUGGCGAUGCCGCUGAACAAAGAAUAAACACUUAUAUUUUCAUCAAUAUUUAUUUUUGGUUCAAUGAACAUACAAAAAUUGUUACACCAUUCAUAUUAUUGAUCACACAUUUAUACAAAAAUAAUAAAAUCGUCAUGGAAUCCAUUCAA